AUGAAUCCGAAUUUGGAUUAUGCAAAUAUCUACAAAGAAAUUUCUGGAAAACUACAAAAGAAAAUCUUUCGUCAUGUUAAUGCAGAUGAAUCUAGAAACGACUUUGCUUACAUUGCUAAAUCUCUCGCUGGAGAGGAAACUUAUGAGUAUGCUGCUGUCUUUACACUUGGAAAGGCUAAAUGCGAAUCAAUGAGUGGAAAAACCCUUGCAGAAGCUGCAACCCUAAUGGAAGCCGGACGACUCUUCACAAGAGCUGAAGAAAAUUUGCAAACCACUAGCGCUUUUUCUUCUGGAGAAUUGCUUGAAAACGGACUUUCUUGCUUUCUCAAGGCUGCAAAAAUAUAUGAUUCCUGCAUGUCGUUUACUCACGCAGCAAACUGUUACAUUUUUGCUGGGGAUACUUUAUGGAAAUUCAAAAAGCUUUCAGAGGCCAUUAAAGUAUACUCCCUAGCUGCUGAUAUAUUUUGUCGUGAUGCUCCUCGUGUCACCCAUAUCUUGAUGAAGUGUUUAAAGAUUUACGUUAUCUCUCGCGAUUACUCCUCUGCAUUGAAUACCGUUUUUAAAAUCCAAACCCUGAUGCAGGAUGCCCGUGCUACUCAUGGUUAUGAGCUCGAACUCUUUAUAGAAGAACUGAAAGCUAUUGAAAUUUAUCGAGUUCUUCUUGUCCUUUUUACAUUGCCCCCGAAAUCCAAAGCAAUAUCUAAGGACGGUCCCAUGUCACUUUCUAUCUACAUUGAUGAAAAUGAUGAAAGUGCUCAAGACUCAAUCGCGAAAUAUCUUGAUGAAGAUUUAGUUGUAUACCUGAAAUCCCUAAUCCUUUCCUAUACUUCUGAGGAUUUAAAUUCAUUGGAUAUCACCGCCAGCUUUUUGCAAGCAUAUUUGGACUCCUUUCAAAGGGGCAUUUUACAGGAUCUUGUUGAACGGGUUGCAAAUCCCUCUGAUGAUAUUCUAUGA